AAUUACGGUAACGGACGUCAUCCGCUUCCCCCACACCCAGCCGCUCAGCUCUUUUGCCGGUUAAAGCUUGGUCGGACAGCGCGGUGCCAUUUGGCGCAGUAUUGAGCUUCAUCUUUCGACAAAAAGGCUUCCAGUUAUUUAUUCAUAGUCGUAUUUGUGAAUUGUAUUUAAUAUAUUUGCCUUUAAACAUUCACAAUGAGCUCAAUUAACGUCAAAAAGCUGAAAGUGAACGAGCUGAAGGACGAGCUGAAAAAGCGUGAUCUUUCCGACAAGGGUCUGAAGGCCGACCUAAUGGACCGCCUGCAGGUCGCGCUGGACGAGGAGGCCCUCGGCGGAGAUUCCCCGCUGGACCCAGAAGCUGUGGCGGUCGAGGGUUCCGGCCAGGCCGCCGACCAUGAGGGCAUGGGAGAGGAAGAAGAAGGUGAGGGCCCGAUAGAAGAAAGCAUGGAGGCCAACGAGGAUGAGGAGGAGGAAGAAGAAGAACAAGAACCGGAAAAUGGAGGCAACGAUGAUGCCGUUGCCGAGGACGAAGAGAUGGGUGAGGGGGAAGAGGACGAAGACGACGAGAUGGAUCCCAUGCUCAAGGCUGAUGUCGACGACAUGGAGAAAAUAGACACAGAGGAUGGUGAGCCCGCAGACCAGACUGCAGAGGGGGAUGCGGACAAAGACACGAAUGCUGAUCAGAAGAAUAAGAAGGGUGUUAAGAGACGCCGGGAGGAACAUGGAAGGGGCUACUUUGAAUUUAUUGAAGAGAACAAAUACAGCUGGGCCUCAUUCAAGUCUCCCGUGCCACCCCUUGAGGAGGAAGAUGAGGAGUUUGAUGACACCAAAGUCUGUCUGGAUACCUACAACUGCGACCUGCACUUUAAGGUGUCGCGGGACCGUUACAGCGCCUCAUCUCUCACCAUGGAGAGUUUUGCUUACCUCUGGUCCGGAGGCAAGGCCACCUACGGCAUGAACAAAGGCAAAGCCUGCUUUGAGAUUAAGAUUGCAGAGAAAAUCCCUGUGAAGCACAUCUCCAGCAAGAACAUGGAGAUUCAUGAUGUCCAGGUCGGCUGGUCCCUGUCUACUGGCACCCUACUUCUUGGCGAGGAGGAACAUUCUUAUGCAUACUCUGGGAAAGCCAAGAAGACCACCAACUGUGUGACCGAGGACUUUGGAGAAACCUACGAGGAGAAUGACGUCAUCUGCUGCCUCAUUGACUUUGAGGGAGAUGAGGUGGUGCUGUCCUGUUCUAAGAAUGGCGGGGAGCCAGCUGUUGCUUUCCAGGUCAACAAGGACUCUCUGAGCGGCCAGGCCCUCUUCCCACACGUCAUCUGCCAUAAUUGUGCUGUGGAGUUCAACUUCGGCCAGAUGGAGACUCCGUACUUCCCCCAGCCCCAGGGCUACACCUUCCUGCAGCAGAUCCCAGUGGACGACCGUGUCCGGGGACUCAAGGGCCCACAGACCAAAGCUGACUGUGAGAUCAUAGUGAUGGUCGGCCUGCCAGGCUCAGGGAAGACCACAUGGGUGAAGAACCACGUCCAGGAGAACCCUGGAAAAUACUACAUCCUGGGCAGUGACACUAUUGUGGACAAGAUGAUGAUCAACAGUCUGAAACGCCAGUCAAAGGACAUCACAAAGCUGAGCGCCAUUUCCCAGAGAGCACCACUUUUCCUGGGAAAGUUUAUUGAGAUUGCUGCCCGCAAGAAGAGAAACUACAUCCUGGACCAUACUAACCUGUCUGCCCCGGGCCAGAAGAGGAAGAUGUGCUUGUUUGCGGGCUUCCAGCGCAAGGCUGUGGUGGUCUGCCCUUCUGAUGAGGACUACAAGGAGAGGGUCCAGAAGAAGGUGGAGAGCGACGGCAAAGAAGUGCCCGAGCACGCCCUCUUUAAAAUGAAAGGCUUCUACUCGCUGCCGGGGGAGGGAGAGAGCUUCAAUGACGUCGUCUUCGCCGAGCUGCAGAAGGAGGAGGCCGGCAAGCUGCUGGAGCAGUACAAGGAAGAGAGCAAGACUGCCCUGCCCGCUGAAAAGAAACCCAACCAGGGAAGCACAACACCAAAAAGGGGGGGUGGUCUGCGUGGAGGCGGACGCGGGGGCGGGGGCAAGAACCAGUUUGGCCGUGGAAGUGGACCUGGACCGAGAGGCGGCAGCCGCGGAGGCUUCCAGAACAGAGGCAACUUCAGAGGAGCUCCCGGCCCUCGUGGAGGCUUCAACCGCCCACCCCGCGGCUUCCUGCCUCCCCCCGCCUUCAGAGGAGGCUUCCAUAACCGUGGAAACUUCAACAGGGGAGGCGGCCCUAUUCCUAGUCUGGGCGGAUCCCCUCGUGGCGGACCAAUGAGAAACAUGGGACCCAGAGGCGGACCCAUGAACAGAGGUGGUCCAAUGAACAGAGGCAACAUGAGCAGAGGGGGUGGAGCCAACAUGCACCGUGGAGGGGCCCGGGGCCACCACAACCAGCAGUUCCAGCCGAGAGGUGGUAACCGCGGCAACUACGGCAACUUUGGAAACAAGAAUGGCAACUUUGGUGGCAACAGGAACGGCGGCAACUUUGGUGGCAACAGGAACAGCAUGGACAAGGCCCAGGCCUUCAACCAGAGCUGGCAGCAAGGGUUCUGGAACCAGAAGCCCUGGAGCCAGCAGUACCAGCCUGGAUAUUACUAAGACACUUGUAACUGACUGGUGGCCCACACUAAGAUCCACCUCAAGCCACGGAACAUCCCUCCACCCCGCUUUUUCAGAUUUUCUUUUCCUAGAACCCCAUUUUUAAUAGCUUAAAAAAAAAAAAAACUGAUAAAUAUUUACCGUGAUAUGGAGCAACAACAUUCCACAUCAGGGAGGAGACGUCAUCCUGAGUGUAAUUGAAGCUUUAUAUAUAUCUACGAACACAUUCUUGGGUUUCCCCAAAUCAUCCGGUUUCUUUCUUUUCGUUGUACAUUUCCUUUUUUCACCUCUUUUAAAUGACGUGCUUUUAAAGAAAUCUGUUUGUAAUAUCAGGAACCAGAAACAUUUUGCUAGCCCGGCAGAUGUUGAUAAAGGUUUUUUUUUUUUUUCAGGGUUGUGUAUUUUUAUCUGUGCUGUGAUUUUUAUUUGUUUUGCUUUUUUGUUACAAAUUGUAAAUAUAAUUUUUUUUUUUUUGCGUAGUUUGUAUGAGAAGGAACCUUGGCAUAUUAGAGAGAAGCAUGGUAGCUGCAUAUAUUGUUAGUCCACUGUCAAUCAGUUCAACUGAAGUAACAGAUGACUUGUCUUUUGUUCCCAGUAUCAAACCUGUAACCUAAACUCCAUAGAUCUACAAUAAACAACUCGUUGGCUUUUUUACAUUCUUCCUGGCUAUUGACUUUUGAUUCAGUUCAAAGGUGUGUAAAAGACCUUUGAGUGGGUGGAGUCCUAGUUUGUUACUUCAAACAGGAAGGACACGCCUCCAGUUUACACCUCAUUAACAAAGUAUUCCCUUCAAGUGUUUCUUUGAUACCAUGUAGCUAUUCUAAUGUACAUUGCUUUGAGACAGUGUUUCGACCAAGCCAUUUUAAGGAUCUAAGUAAGCCAUUUUGUACAACAUUUCUCUUUUUUAAAUUUGUGUUUAAAAGUAUUUGUUCUUAGAAAAUAGAGCCCUUGAUUCUCAGGUUUAUCAAAGGGUCCUUUAGUGCAGUAGACUUCUGAAAACAGCUAGCACUGAUCAACUAAUUCCAAAUCAGAACCACAAUUUAUGAUUCAAAUGACAACUAUUUAACAUGUUUGAGAGUUCAGCACAAAUGGAGUGAAAAGCAGGCAGGGUUACUCAUUUUCACCAGCAAACCUAAAGGGCUGUACCAUGACAACACCACCAUGAUGGAAAUGGAUGACGUUUUUCAACUUAAAGGCAUUAUUUUUUUGAAUUUAGGUUCGUCUAAGUGACUGUGGCCCCCCGCAAUAAUGGCAGCUCCUCAUCCAACAGCUCAUAAAAUGUCCCUGCACAUUUUCCCUGGCAGAGGACGCCCUGCCUAACCCUGCAACAUCAGAACUGGAAAACCUGAUCUGUGUUUCUAAUGUUUACCUCCCGGUGUUAUUAACAAACAUGUAAAUACAUCUCAACCAUGCACGAAUGUUCAUUAAUGGGCUUGGAGUAAUAACUGUAUUGUGAUAACAAAAGUGUUGGUUUGCCUAAAUAACUGCGAUGUGAUUAAUUGUCCGCUAAAUUUAAUUGUGUGGAGAGUUUUUGCUCCUUUCAUUGUACUUGAUACAUAAAAUCUAGCAGAAUGCAAGCUUUGAGUUUACAGUAUAACACGACAGACACUAUAUUUUUAUCGCUUUAUGUUGCAGGUUGUAUAUCGGGUCUUUUAUUAUU